AUGCGCAAGUGUGUCUUCUCCAGUUCCACCAUUAGCAAUCCCAGAGGAGAGAGCUUGUUGUUCGAUCAGGAUGAAGAGUCCAGAGCAGGGACAAAGGCGGGGAGCUUGAAAUCUCAUUCGAGUUCCAUAGAUCUUGCAAUGAGGUGCUUGUUGUUCGGUCGAAAAGGGAAGAUCGGGAUGGCAAAAGUCGCCAAGGUAGGGAUGGGUAUUCGAUCGGUUAGGUUCAAACCGAACCAAACAGAAAACGGGGCUGCUGCCAGCUGGGAUGGAGCAGAGGAGACGCGGGCUACUCACAACUGGGCCGUGUGGAGGCGGAGCUGCAGAGUGCGGACGGGGCUACUAGAUGGUGGGAUGUGGUGGCGGGCGGCGGGUAAGUCGAUGGAUGCGACUGGAAGGUGGUGGCGAGUCGCGAUGGGGUCUGGGAGAGACGGAGGUGAUGGAAGACGCGUCGCAGGUCGGGCUGUCACCGUCAGGGCUCGACGAGUCGCGGUGGCCGGUGUCUAG